AUAUAUAUAUAUAUAUAUAUAUAUAUAUAUAAAGAAAUUACAUUGUACUAUUAUUUAUCAAAUUAUUGUGAGUUUCUCUCCAACAAAAGUCUUCACUUUGGACUUUAACAAGUACCAAUGGCUAGCUUAUGUUCUUCACAUUAUAAUGUUACCACGAGGUGUCAAAUAAACAACAAAGCGAAUGUGUCGCGACAAGAAGUGAUUUUGUCGAAUUAUAGCUCGAGUAAUUGCUGUGUCGGGUUACGGUUGAACAAGUUGGAUAUGGUGAAGUUGAGAAGCAGAGCUGUUAUGAGGAAAAUGAUUAGUAGCUCCAAGAAAUUUGGAGUUGUUAAAUGUGGAAUUGGUAUGAACUUGAUUUUUAUUGGAACAGAGGUUGGUCCAUGGAGUAAAACUGGUGGACUUGGCGAUGUUCUUGGUGGUCUUCCACCAGCCAUGGCAGCCAAUGGGCACAGAGUUAUGACAAUCUCACCCAGACACGAUCAGUAUAAAGAUGCAUGGGAUACAAAUGUUGUCGUUCAGGUAAAAGUUGGGGAUAAAAUCGAGACGGUUCGCUACUUCCAUUGCUACAAACGAGGGGUUGAUCGCGUUUUUAUCGAUCAUCCAAUGUUCUUAGAGAAGGUAUGGGGUAAAAGCGGGUCGAAACUCUACGGUCCUCAAGCUGGAGAUGAUUAUGAAGAUAACCAACUUCGUUUCAGCUUGUUUUGCCAGGCAGCUAUCGAGGCACCUCGGUUGUUAAGUCUGAAUAGUAGCAAAUUCUUCUCAGGACCAUAUGGUGAGGAUGUUAUCUUCAUUGCUAAUGAUUGGCACACGGCUCUUGUUCCUUGCUAUCUGAAAAGCAUGUACAAGUCUAGAGGCAUCUAUACAAAUGCUAAGGUUGCUUUCUGCAUUCACAAUAUUGCCUAUCAAGGAAGAUUUGCAUUUGCUGAUUUUGCACUUCUGAAUCUUCCUGAUGAGUUCAAGAGCUCUUUUGAUUUUAUUGAUGGAUAUGACAAACCUGUGAAAGGAAGAAAGAUUAACUGGAUGAAAGCUGGAAUAUUAGAAUCUGACAAGCUUGUAACUGUGAGCCCCUACUACGCGGAAGAACUUGUGUCCAGCGUGGAAAAAGGUGUCGAACUAGACAACAUAAUUCGCAAGUCUGAAUCUGGAAUGUCCGGAAUUGUCAACGGCAUGGAUGUUCAGGAAUGGAAUCCAUCUACUGACAAAUACAUUGAUCUCAAAUUUGAUGCUGACACUGUUAUGGAAGCAAAGGCUCUUCUGAAGGAAUCACUACAAGCUGAAGUUGGGUUACCUGUUGAUAGAAAUGUUCCUGUAAUUGGUUUUAUUGGUAGACUUGAAGAACAGAAAGGCUCAGACAUUCUUGCAGAAGCCAUUCCACACUUCAUUCAAGAAAAUAUCCAAAUAAUCAUCCUUGGCACCGGCAAAAAGCAAAUGGAGCAACAGAUAUUGCAACUGGCGAAGUUAUAUCCCGGAAAGGCUCAAGGAGUGGCGAAAUUCAACGUUCCUCUAGCGCAUAUGAUCAUAGCCGGGGCUGACUUUAUAUUAGUCCCGAGUAGAUUUGAACCAUGUGGUCUGAUUCAGUUACACGCAAUGCGAUAUGGAACAGUGCCUAUUGUUGCUUCAACAGGGGGUCUUGUUGAUACUGUUUUAGAAGGUUAUACAGGUUUUCAUAUGGGUGCUUUCAGCGUCGAGUGUGAUAAAGUUGAUCCUGCGGAUGCAAUUGCCAUUGCAAAAACAGUGAAGAGGGCACUAAGCGUUUAUGGUACUCAUGCUUUGGCGGAAAUGAUACAGAAUUGUAUGGCUCAAGAUCUUUCAUGGAAGGGCCCUGCAAAAAAGUGGGAGCAGUUGCUGUUAAGUUUGGAGGUUGCGGGAAGUGAAUCCGGGAUCGACGGAGAGGAGAUUGCUCCUCUAGCCAAGGAAAAUAUUGCUACUCCGUAAACAUUGUCACUUCAGAUGCAUCUAAGCUAACUAAUAAUGCUGGCCGAUUUUGAUAAAUAAAUGUUGUGUUGACUGAAUGAUCGAUGAUUUACAAAGUUCGCAAAAAGGGCAUUUUCGACCACAAUCUAAA